AUGCUACUUAUUUCAGCUCAGGAAGUUGGUGAUGAAAGAGAAUUUGACUAUGGAGAAUCGAGCAAGAAAGGACCACGACAUUGGGGAGAGCUAAAGAAAGAAUGGAGUGCAUGCAAUCAUGGAAAAUUACAGUCUCCGGUUGAUCUUUUGUAUCAAAGAAUCAAACUUAGUCCGAAACUUGGAGAAAUAAACAUGAAUUAUUAUAAGCCUUCUAAUGCUACUAUCAACAAUAGAGGCCAUGAUAUUGCGGUAAUAAUAAUAAUAUUAUUAUGUUGUUGUUGGAAGAUCGAAUGGUUGGAAGAUGCUGGAUCAAUCAAGAUCAACGGCACUGAUUACUUUCUUAAGCAAUGCCACUGGCACUCACCCUCCGAGCACACCCUCAAUGGCAGGAGGUAUCAACUUUGUUUUGUGUAUGAUAUUAGGUUUGACUUAGAGCUACAUAUGGUUCACCAAAGCCAUGAGAUCAACCAAGAAAGUAAAAUUGCUGUAACUGCUCUCUUCUACAAAAUUGGCAAGCCUAAUUGGUUUCUCUCCAAGUUAACCAGAGAUAUAAUAAACAUAACUGAUACAAAGAAAGAGGUACACCAAGGAGUGAUUGACCCCAAAGAGUUAGGAUUGAAUGGAUCAAUGAAGUACUACAGAUACAUUGGCUCACUCACAGUCCCUCCUUGCACUGAAGAAGUUCUUUGGGCCAUAAAUACAAGGAUAAGCACAGUUUCCAUAGAACAAGUGAAACUGCUCAAACAAGCUGUUCAUGAUUAUGCAGAGAUAAAUGCACGACCUUUACAGCCCAUAAAUGGAAGAUACAUUUACCUAUGA